UCUAAAAAAGAGCAACAUGGGAAAAUCCAUUGACGUCACGAAAGGUUUCGUGAUUCACAGUCCAUUGUUAACAGCAGUUUAAAACAUGGCGUCUUGGGUGGAUCGCUCCAGAAUGUUCGUCCUCAUUGCCAGACACAGGAAGCAGCCGGACACCCGUCUGAAACGGACCAGGAGUGAACGGACACUGGAAACACAGGGAGUUCCGAAUAUAUCGUUUCAAAGUCAUGUCCGAGUCAACCGAAACCAUUGUUCAGAGGGUAUCGGUUAGACUUGAUAUGAAUUGUCUAUUUCGAAUCCUUGUGACGAGUGUGUUAUUAUAUCAAGUCAGCGGUAGGCCCGUGUGUAAAGAAGGGAUGUAUUAUGACAGCGUCACCAACAACUGCGAUCCCUGUAGUGACAUAUGUGAAUAUUCUGAGGCACAAAAAACCACAGUGGAAUGCAGAACAAAGUGUCCAGGUUAUGGUAGCAGAGGAAGCCGAGGUCUGCAAAGAGAAAGUAUGUGUCCGCCUCAACAAUAUUAUGAUGAAAAUGUAAACCGAUGUGACUCCUGCGAUUCUGUCUGUGUCAAUGCAGAAGGAGAAGUCUGUCGACGUUUAUGUCCGGAAUGGCCUGGUAUUACCCAAACAACAACAUAUGGUCAAGAUGAAUCCACCAAGAUGAAUCUCCAUGCUUUAUCACUGGCAAAUGUGGUCGUCACCUACACGCCCGCACCUGUGAUUGUACUGGCAUGCAUUGUAGUAGUAACUGCUGCAGCUGGCUUUUGUGUUUUGAUAAUUCAUCUAACAAGGAGGAAGAUGUGUUUCUGGCAGCCUCAGCAGGCUAAACCAGAUCAUCUGACUGGCGAAGGGAACCCUCUCACCCAGCCCGAGGAUGACCGUCAUUGUGAAAACAACGCAACACAAUGCCAUGCUGCAGUUAUUUCUCAACCAAGCAACGAAAUGUAGAAAUAGAUUUAAUAAAUAUAUCAUAACAUA